AUGAAAGUUCUAAAUUUAAUGUGCAUAAGCAAACAACUCAUUAUUUCAACCUCCAUGUCAACCCAUUGUAAAUGCAAUACAAAGAAGCCCCAAAGAGAUUUAAGAUCAGUUUUGAAAGUACCAGUUAUUUGGGUUCUAGGUGGUCCUGGAUCUGGAAAAGGAACUCAGUGUGAAAAAAUUAUAGAGAAGUACGGAUUCACCCAUUUGUCGUCCGGUGAUCUUCUGCGGGAUGAAGUUGAAAGUAAGACCGAUAGAGGGAAGAGCUUGCAGGCUACAAUGGCUAAAGGUGAGCUAGUGCAAAUGAAUAUAGUUCUCGAUUUGAUCCGAGAGGCGAUGAUAAAAGCAGCGCCAAAGUCCACUGGUUUCCUCAUCGACGGCUACCCGCGCGAAAAGGAUCAGGGCUUGGCCUUUGAAUCUCAGAUAACUCCGGUCAAUUUAAUAUUGUUUUUUGAAUGCGAAGAAGAUACACUUCUCGAGAGAUUGAUGCAUAGGGCUUUAUCCAGUGAGAGAGUUGAUGAUAAUGAGGAAACUAUAAAGAAACGAAUACAAACUUUUAAUGAAAACAAUGAACAGGUAUUAGCACUAUAUCCCGAAAAACUAAGGCGCAUAAAUGCUGAUCGAUCCGUAGACGAAAUAUUUGCUGAAGUCGAAUCCUAUUUGGAUAAUCUCAUCGCCAAUUUUCAAGUCAAGAGUUUCAAGAAAUAA